AUGAAGAAUAGAGCAUUUCACAGUGGUAUAAAAAGGUCGCCAUAUCAAGCGAUGUUUGGUAGUGAUAUCAAAAUUGGAUUAUCGACGUCUAUUCUUCCACCAGAAACUAUUAACAAUAUAUCUUCAGAAGAAGAUUUAGAAAAUGUAUUGCAGAAUAUUGGAGGAAAAAGUGAAGAAAGCAAUUCUGCAGAUGCUAAUCAGGACGAAGAAAUACAUAAAAUAUGCGAGUCUUGUGGGAAUAAUAUUCAAGCAAUAUUAAACGAAGAUGACAAUCAACGGCGUAUUUGUAAUUUGUGUGCAAAAGAGGUAAUUUAUUUUCAAAAUUAA